GCCCAGAAAAGAUAUCGUUGGAGUUGUUGUUGGGGGGGUCAUCUUAUUCGCUCUAAUCAGUCUUAUUCCGAUGUAUGUGCAUACACACUACAGUUGCCCCGUUCUAUACUCCAUCAAUCAUCAAUCAUUUCCCACUCUAUUUUCGCAGUCUAGCGACCCUUGUUGCAUGAACAACUAACCCAAACAUCAUCAUCCAUUCUCAGACAAGGCUGUUGGGCAAACCAUCCCAGUUUGCAUUUGAACUUGGAUGCAUUGUCCUGUACUGACUGACUUCAUCGCUGCAGUGGCAUCAUGUGGUAUAAUCGUCGACGGCGACGAGCUGCGUCCCGGACCCGGCCCCGGGCCCGGGCCACACGCGAACCCCACAACCUGGCCCUUAAUAGCCCGAUGCAUCAAGUGUCUGUGGAAAGAUGGCUGGAGGAUCAGAACAGCGUACCGAGUCGCGCCGAGCAAUACGCGCAACAGAUAUGUCCCAUCUGUCGCUGUUCGCUAGUUUCCUUCUCGAAUGAUGUGCUUUCCUAUCCAGAACCUGCAUGGCGUCUUUCGUCCCUCCCCCAUCGAGACCAGAUCGAAGGUCCUGGUCGACGCUGCAACGAUCCUAAUCAGAAUAACCAUCCCCCGGCAGAUCAUAAUAAUCGCAUUGUGGUUCUGAAUCGGUGUGGCCAUGCCUUUCAUUCGUCCUGUCUUGCGUCAUACUUUGAGAAUCGCCGGUACAAGUGCCCAAUGUGCCAAACAACAUAUUUCCCUGCCGAGUAAAUGAUUCCCACUUUUAAAUAUGGAUUUUCUGUUUUGGCGAUAUGGCUGG